AUGUCCAACGGCGGGCUGCAUUCCCACAGCCAAAGCCAAGACUCGACCGGGAGCGGCCACACACACGAUCAUGAGCCGCCACACAGUCACACCCAUGACGGACACUCGCACUGCCGGACGAACUCGAGCCAAUCUUCUCUUCCUCGAGGAAAAGCGCCGCCUCAGUCGCUCGCGACAAUGGAGGGCUGGAAAACAGAAAUUACACCGAGCGGACGCCAGCUAUUGACGCCGACAACUGGGUCAUUUUCGGCGACAUUCCAACCUCUCGACGAAACAAAGAUAGUCUAUCAGCAAAACCACCACCACCACCACCACCACCACGAACAUGACCACUCUCACGACCAUUCUCAUGGACAUUGCGAUAAACACCAUCAUCAUGACCACUCACACGUCCACAGUCACGACCACGCCAAGCCAUCGUUGUUCACAAGGGCCUUGCUGAAGUACACGCCGGCCGUUCCGGUUCUCCACACCAUCCUCGUAGAAAAGGACUCAAGAAGGAUCUUCUACUUCAUGACUCUCAACUUCAGCUUCAUGGCCGUACAGGCCUUCUACGGCUACGUCACCGACUCUCUCGGCCUGUUAAGCGACACGAUCCACAUGUUCUUCGACUGUUUUGCGCUCUUCGUCGGGCUUUGUGCCGCGGUUACAAGCAAAUGGCCCCAAAGCCAGCGGUUUCCCUUUGGGCUAGGAAAGAUUGAGACACUGAGUGGCUUUGCCAACGGCAUCUUGCUGAUGCUGCUGAGCGUCGAAAUCAUCGUGGAGGCGUUUGAACGGAUAUGGGAAGGCCAGGAGCUCCACCGGCUAAGAGAGCUUCUCAUUGUCAGUUUCCUCGGCGGCGUCAUCAACCUGCUGGGUCUCUGGGGCUUCGGCCACCACCACCAUGGCCAUGAUCAUGGCCAUGGACACUCGCAUUCGCACGACGGACACGACCAUGGGCAUGAUCACUCGCACGGAAAGAAGCACAGCCACGGGCACUCGCAUCACAACGACAAUAUGGAGGGUAUUUUUUUGCAUGUUUUGGCCGAUACGAUGGGGAGCGCCUCGGUGGUGCUAUCGACUAUUUUGACGUACUAUACGGGCUGGACAUUCUGGGACCCUCUCGCGUCCUGCGCCAUCGCAAUCCUCAUCUUCCUGGCAUCGGUCCCGCUUAUUAAGUCUUCUGCACGGAACCUUCUCCUCAACGUCCCCGACGACGUCGAGUACAACCUGCGCAACACGUUGGCGGGGAUUCUGCAGCAGAAGGGCGUCGUCAACUACUCGGUACCCAAGUUCUGGAUGGACGACCGCGGCAACGAGGGAUCGGGCGACAAACUGCGGGGUAUUGUGCACGUGGUGGCGGGCCGGGGCGCAAGCCUCGAUGAAGUACGGGACCGGGUGAGGGAGCACCUCCUCAAGAACUCAAUGGACAUUGUGGUCCAGGUCGAGAGGGAGGGAGACGCCAGCUGCUGGUGUGGAGUGGGACGGUCGACGGGCCUGGCUACGAUGCCGCUCAAGAGGACCUUGUAG